AUGGGCUGGACACCAGUGUCCUGGCCUGGGGACCCAGACCCCACUCAGCGGUGGGCAGGUGCAGGUGGGCUGGGCCCCUGCGAGGGCAAAGACGCGUCAGAGCGGGCCGGCGGGCACGUCAGCGAAGACCGCAACCCCAGGAUGAAGCGCCCGCACGCCCUGCUGCUACUGCUGCUGCUGUCCUGGGUGGCCAACCUGAGGCCGGGCCUGGCCGAGGAGCACCCCGGCCUGGCCGAGGAGCACCCCGGCCUGCCCCAGUUCCUGCACCGCGGGCUGGAGCAGGUCCGGAAGAUCCGGAGGGACGGCGAGGGUCUGCAGCGAAGAUUGUGCACCAAGCACAGUCUGUGCCACCCUGAAGAGCUGGAGUUGAUGCGGCAUUAUUUGGGCGUCAGACGGGCGUCGGUGAACCAAUGCCCCAGCGGAGACCUGGAGCUGGGGCCCUGCCUGAAGCAGCUUGCCAGGGGGUUGAGGCUGUACCAGGCUCAGCUGGAGGCCCUGGAGGGCAUCUCCCCGCAGCUGGCACCUGUCCUGGACACCCUGCAGCUAGAUGUCAGGGACUUCGCCAUCAACAUCUGGCAGCAGCUGGAGGACCUCCGCCUGACCGCCGGGACCCCACUGCUCCCCCCGGGCUCAGUCCCCACCUUCACCUCCACCUUCCAGCGCCGGGCUGGGGCCGUCCUGGUCCUGGACAACCUGCAGGGCUUCCUGGAGGUGGUGGCCCGCGUCCUGAACCAGCUCACCGACUCCUGA